AGGAACUUCCUUACGACAUUAAAAUACAGUAUACAGGCAUUAAAAGAAAAUAGAUGCAACAAAAACAUAAGUGAUGAACAAUGACAAUUUAGAAAGUUACUGAAUAUUUUGCUCAGAUGUUUCCUUUAGGAUGAUGGUCAAAAGAGAGUGAGAAAGAGAUGAGGGUUAAAGUGAAGGUCAGUUUGACAGAUAGAGCACUAGUAUCAUUGAAAGGUAGUGUGCUAGGUUAGGUUUACAGGUCUAGAGCCAUUUAAUCUCACGAAUAUUAACCUUGGAGAGAAGGGCUCUUGCACUUAAUAGAAUCAUUUCAGUGCUACAAGAGGCAAUGUUUUAAUGUGGAUAUAUUUCAGUAUUAUAGUUCAGAUAUAUGCUCAAUUUGUAAAUUAUUUACAGUGAUCAAAGGAGGGAGUUGUCUUAUUGAUCCUCAUAUAAGUGUAUAAAAGGUUUAUUUAACAGAUCAACAGAUCUCCAGUGUGUAGAGAGAAACCCCCAACCCCUACAUUUUACGGUGUUAAUCAGCUUAGCCGCUGUAGUUAGUGAUAACAGUGAAUGUAGAUCCAGUAGUCAGAUAACAUGAUGACCUUGUGCUUUUUAAGAAGGCUUUGCUGUUGAUAGUUUUUAUUUUAUUUUUAGCUCCGUCAUGGAAAAUGGCAGUGCGUGUGAGCAAUUAUAUUGUUUGUGGUAUCUUAAUGACCAGAUGGAUAGUUUGAAUCCAUACAGGCUUUGGUUGUCUGAGGCCUACUAACUAGUGAUGAGCAAGUUGCACCCUGAUGUUUGUGAAGCUGGGGAAGCUGCCAUUAUGUGCCUGUUGGAGUGGUGGCGGAUUCGACAAGAAGCAGUAGGCAAGCCAGUUAUAUUGUGUAACAAACAAGCUAGUUCUUGGUUUUGGGCCUCAUACACCACAAUAGGUGCGUUCCUUUUUGGAUGUGCCUGUUCGCAACUAUCUACCGACAUUGCAAAGUACUCGAUAGGAAGGUUGAGGCCACACUUCGUCAGUGUAUGCAAGCCUGACUGGAGUAAGAUUAAUUGUACUGAAGAUUAUAUUGAUCCCAUUCCCUGUACAUCAGAUGAUGCUCAUAGAAUGAAGGAAGCUCGGCUUUCAUUUCCAUCUGGACAUGCUUCUUUCUCUGCAUUUACAAUGAUAUACUUAGUGAUCUACCUUCAAGUGCGAUUUAAAUUCAAAUCACCCAGAUUGGUUCGUCCUUUCCUGCAAUUUGUGUGUUUGAUGAUGACUUUUGCCUGUUGCCUGUCCAGGAUUUCUGACUACAAGCACCACUGGUCAGAUGUUCUCUUUGGCUUCCUACUUGGGACAACUGUAGCAUUCCUCAUUUCGCGAUAUGUAUCGGAUCUUUUUCAAACUGAUUCACAUCAAAUAGUGGACGGCAAGGGCCAGACAGUCUUCCUACAAGAUCGGCGUUUUAUGGGUAACGAAAGUGAGAAUAAUACCGGCCGUACAAAUCUAGAUGAUUAGAGUAUAUAUGAGGUCAGAUGUACAAUAUUUUUUGUUGCCUAAACAAUGUAUAAAUUUCAAGUUUUUUUUUUUUUUUUUUUUUUUUUUUUUUUUUUUUUUUUUUUUUUUUUUUUUUUUUUUUUUAGACCUUGUCAGGUUAGUUAUGACACCCCAUCCCCCCCCUCAUGUUUUAUGAACAAUUUUAGUAGGGUUUGAUAUUAAUUAUCCAAAUUAACCCAAUUUAUGGGUUUGAUAUAUUUUUCCCAUUUUUAUGGUUUACAUUACUUACCUCAUUCUCAUGGAUAGUGUAUCAGAGUGGUUUGGACAUCUUUUGUAAGUGAUGGAGAAAUAAGAUAUUUCUCUAAAAUAAAAUUUGACCUUCAUGAUAACUUUAAAAGUUACAAUACCAAAAGAGACUUGAUGGAGUGAGGGGAUAUUUGCUUAAAGUUUAGACUGUGUGGCUGCCUGCUUGCCCAGAUAUUGUGGAUUUUACGUAUUUGUUUCAUUUUACAUAAAAAUGUAUUACUGUUUUGUAUAUGACAGACCUGUAUAGAAAUACAUUUGAUCUCUUUUUUUAAAAGGAAUGAUAACAUUGGUUAAAAAAAAUUAAGUGUGUGUGUAUUAAAGCUUUUAAUUCUAGAUUAACUUUUAUCAACGUGUCUACAAAGAGAGUUUCCGGUCUUGUAAUGUUCAUAACUGGUGCCUGGAGCUAGCAAAUGCUGCCAUCCAUUGCUAGCAGGAUCAAGUGUUUCCCAAAUGCAAUAACACAGAAGCCAGCAAGAGUGCCCUCUUGAAACCCUCACAUUUACAUUUCAUACUUACUUCUACAGCUUGUUUUAACGUAAUAGAAUAUUGCAAUUAAUUGUUUGUUUGUAAGUAUUGUUCUCUUGUUCAAGAUUGUACCAUUAUGAAUGCAUAAUUAUUAAUGCUAAACAUAAAAUAAAGAGUAUUAUUUUUCUUACUUGAAAUUUAAGAGGAAAGAAUGUAAAGAAUGCAAAAGUAAAAAAGGGUCAAACUGAAUUUUUGUUGUAUUAUGCAACUAAAUUAGGUCAAAUUCCUUGCCAAGUAUAUUUACUGGUUUGAUAUUAAUUGGGAAGACUUGUGGCCUGGUAUCGAGUCAUUUGACCCAUAUUAUCUGAAAAUUUAUUCAAAAGGUUGCUGUUUAUUUGAAAAAAUGUACCGUAAUUGCACAGUUGGAAAGUGCAUCUCUCUUACUUGAAAUGUGAAUCUUAAAUCAUUUUUAGUGCCAUUGUGUGAGAAGAUGGGAGUAGAGGUGAAGCUUGUGUAAGGCUUAUCAAUGUUAAGGGCAUCAUGCCACUAUUCUCUUCAGAGUACUUUACACUAUAUUAAAUUAUUCUUGCUCUUUUUACGAAUUCACUCCAAAACACUCAAUUUUAUCAUUUGUACAUGUAAUUUUGAUAUAUUAUUUACAUUUAUUUAAAAUUGUAAUUUGAUAUCCAUGAUGUAUAUCUAUAAACUUAAAAAUGGCUAUCCUUCUAAACAAAAAAAGAUAGAUUUACUGUCCUAACUGUUCCCAAUAAAUUUGGGAUAGUGACAAAAAGGAACACCGUAUAAGAGUUUGCUCUUAGUCUGUAGGGGUAUUUCACAAUGUACACUAUAAAAAGUAUGUAAUUGAAACUGGAUGAAAUCUUGCAAUAUUUUGCUGAUUUUAAAGGAGGAGAAUUCCUAGAUUUCAAUUUUCCCUCAAAAAGACGCUACUGGUGGCAGCAUAUAUAAACACAUGGGAGGAGGAGAUCCACAGCCUCGGAGAAAGCAUUAGAGUGGAUUAGCUAGGUCCCCCCACUAAUGCAAGUUUAUGCAUGCUUACCUUUUUUUAUAUAACAUAGUCAACAAAACUUAAAAAGAGCUGGCAAAUAUCCUACAUUGAAAACAGUUUGUAUGUUAGUAGGGUUAAAUAUAGUUUUCAUUUUGUUUUAAAAAAAAUCUGUUGCUAUUGUAGUAGGUUUUCUUAAGGUAGAUACCUCAAUUUUGGUAGCACGGUGUCCUUAAGAGUAGGAAUUUAGUUAUGAGCCCGGGUCUUAAGACGUAUUUGUGAUGUACUAGUAACAUUAUCUUCUUCUGCAGCUAUAAUGUUAAUUUUUUAUGUUUUUUGUUUUUGUAUAUUUAUAUAUGCUUUUAAG